CUCUUAUGCAAUCGGUUAUCUGGGACUUUCUCCCUUAGGGAAUUUUGCUGCUCAUCAAGUCACUGCUGGGAUGAAGCUUUAUGGCCUCGUUGUCCUGGUAGCCAUUCUCCUCUGUGAGCAGCAUGGCCUCGCCUUUCAGAGUGGCCAGGUGUUAUCUGCUCUUCCUAGAACCUCUAGGCAAGUUCAAGUUCUUCAGAAUCUUACUACAACCUAUGAGGUUGUUCUCUGGCAGCCAGUGACAGCUGAAUUCAUUGAAAAGAAAAAAGAAGUCCAUUUUUUUGUGAAUGCAUCGGACGUCGACAGUGUUAAAGCCCAUUUAAAUGUGAGCAGAAUCCCAUUUAGCAUCCUGAUGGAAGAUGUGGAGGCUCUAAUUCAGCAGCAGACGUCCAAUGACACCGUCAGCCCCCGGGCCUCCACCUCAUACUAUGAACAGUAUCACUCAUUGAAUGAAAUCUAUUCCUGGAUAGACGUUGUAACCGAACGGUAUCCUGAGAGGCUCCAAAAAAUCUACAUUGGCUCAUCAUAUGAAAAGUACCCACUUUAUGUGUUAAAGGUUUCAGGAGAGAAACAAACAGCUAAAAAUGCCAUAUGGAUCGACUGUGGAAUCCAUGCCAGAGAGUGGAUCUCACCUGCUUUCUGCUUGUGGUUCAUAGGCUACGUCACCCAGUUCUAUGGGAAAGAAAAGCUGUAUACCAAUCUCCUGAGGCACGUGGAUUUCUACGUCAUGCCAGUGAUGAACGUGGAUGGCUACGACUACACAUGGAAAACGAACCGAAUGUGGAGAAAGAACCGUUCUGUCCACAAGAACAACCGAUGUGUGGGCACAGACCUGAACAGGAACUUCGCUUCCAAACACUGGUGUGAGGAAGGUGCAUCAAGUUCCUCCUGCUCUGAAACCUACUGUGGACUUUAUCCUGAGUCGGAGCCAGAAGUGAAGGCGGUGGCUGACUUCCUGAGGAGAAACAUCAACCACAUUAAAGCUUACAUCACCAUGCACUCAUACUCCCAACAAAUACUGUUCCCCUAUUCCUAUAACAGAAGCAAAAGCAGGGACCAUGAGGAACUGUCUCUCGUAGCCAGUGAAGCAGCGCAUGCGAUUGAAAUCAUUAAUAAAAACACCAAGUACACAUAUGGCAGUGGCUCAGAAAGUCUAUACCUAGCUCCUGGAGGUUCUGAUGAUUGGAUCUACGAUUUGGGCAUCAAAUAUUCAUUUACGAUUGAACUUCGAGAUAAAGGCAGAUACGGAUUCUUGCUGCCUGAGAGAUACAUCAAACCCACCUGUACAGAAGCUCUGGCAGCAGUCUCCAAAAUAGCUUGGCAUGUUAUUAGGAACCUUUAAUGCCUGUGCCUCUGCUCCGGUGUUUUUAUUUUACUGAUUUCAGCAACACCAAAUUGUUGAAUUAGCUUUUUUCUAAGUCUAAUCAGUUUCCUUGGUUUUGUCAAAGAAUAAAAUACAUAACACUUGGAGCUUAA